AUGCCAGAUUCUGUUCCUGGGCAUGCAACGGAAACGGUAAAUUUCCUGAUCGGAUUUUUAGUUUCAGUUGCAGCUUCAAUCAUGAACGCUGCUGGUCUAAAUUUACUGAAAUUAGAUCAUGAAAAAAAUUCAAGUAAACCAUCAUCAUUACAAAGGAACGAAUGUGGAAGGCCAUUAUGGCAUAUCGGUUUAUAUUUGUAUGUUGCCAGUCAGAUGGUUGGGAGUACCAUUGCAUUAAAUUUUCUUAAAGCUCAAUGGGUUGCUCCUCUUGGUUCAGUUUCACUCAUUUUUAAUUUUAUAUUUGCUAGAAUAUUAGUAGGAACUAAAAUCACGAGGAAGGAUAUUAUUGGAACAUUUGUUGUAAUCCUCAGUGUGAUUUGGAUUGUCAUAUUUGGAGGUGUUAACACCGGAAAUAAUGAUGAAGAAAGGAAGCAGCGAGAUAAUUUCUUUAAAGGAAUUGAUUCGUUACAACUACAAAAGGCAAUUGGUAUGACCAUGGCAGGCGUGGGUGGGUUAAUUGCAAGCCAAACUCUACUUUUGGCAAAGAGUGGCGUCAAGUUAUUUUCGAUUUCUAUCACAGGCAUUAAUCAGUUCACCGAUAAUUUAAGUUGGUUCAUUUUAGUUGGACUUGCUGUCACAGCAGUGUUGCAAGUAUAUUGUUUAAAUACAGCAUUAAAAUUACAUGAUUCCGUGUUGGUCGUCCCAAUGUUUUACGGAUUUUAUACAGCAAUGGGACUUGUAAAUACGAUGAUAUAUUUGGAUGAAAUAUCGACAUAUCCUCUUUGGGCACUUUUAUUGGUUACUUUGGGAAUAGGUAGUUUGGUGUAUGGAGUAUUAUUACUUAGUGCAUCCAAAGAAGAAGAACAACCUAGCAUGGAUUCAAUGGAUUUUGAGAUUGAUGAAGAUGAGGAAAUGAGAGAAGAAAAUAUGCUAAGUACAAAAGCAUGGGAUACUGGCAGUACAAGCGGAGUUAGUAGUUCUGGGGGAUCUUAUGUAGGAAUGUUAAAUAGGGAUGAAACAGCAAAUAACAGAUCCGGUGGAGGAAAAAAGAAAUUUGGAGAUGGAAGAUUUUUUUCAAUUUCAAAAAGAUUGUCAAAUAGUAAACCAGGACUUUUCAGAAUGUCAUUGUUGAAAAAAGAAAAGCAUAAACUAAGGAAUACAAAAGACUUUCAAAAUGAGAGUGAUAUGAACAAUUAUACAACACCACAUAUUAUUAUAGAUGAUGAAAGUAUUUCUGAUGAUGAGGAUUAUAUACAAGAACAACAAGCAACAACUCCUCCUAUCGCAUCUCCCGCUACAGCCGCAACAACUUAUGAUUUAAUGCUUUUCUCACCAACAUCAACAAAUAUAAAUUCGUCUACUGCCACCAUUCAGCCAAUAUCUUCAACUACUAACAACUUUAUUCCUUCACCAAGACAUAAGUUCGUUAAUAAUGUUGGUAUAAGGAGGACAUCAAGAAGCAUGAUUCGUAUUUUAAAUCCAAAGGUUUGGAAUAGAAUUGGACAAAGUCCAAAAGUCCAAUAG